CAGCCUCUCCACGUCCAGUCCAGAGCAUACUACAAACACCUUCGGAGAGCUCGAGAAGCAUCAUCGGCCAGUCUGUCCGUGCUGUGGCUUUGGUUCUUGCUUGAAUUGCGAGGAAAAGAACUUGCCUGUGAAUUCGAGUGCGGGGAAGCCGACAGCACCAACCCAUCCGCGCAGUGGAUGGCGUGAUCGCGUCAGAGUGUCUCUCUUCUAGUUAUUUGCUUGCCUGCUUAUCAUACUCUCUCCACCCACCGCGCAAUCCUUGCAGCGAUGUCUCCCGCCAGCGAUGCUCUAGAUGGAGUCACUCAACCGUUACUCGCGCAGCAGACCGAGAGAGAUUAUGCGGCCAUCAGUACACAAGACCACCCGGAAGCGGACGAGCAUCGACCUGGUGCCUUCAUGCGCAAUCUCGGCACCAUCGAAGCUUUCGGCAUCAUUAUCAGCAUUGUGAUUGGAAGCGGAAUCUUCACGUCUCCCGGCUCGAUUGACACCAAUGUGCCUUCGCCCGGCGUCGCACUCGUGGUAUGGCUGGUGGGGGGAAUCCUAGCCUGGACCGGCGCAACGACCAUGGCCGAGCUGGGCACUGCCAUUCCUGGUGAAGGUGGUGUGCAGCCAUAUUUGCAGUAUAUAUUCGGCGAUCUCUGCGGCUUCCUGGCCGCCUGGACCUGGAUCAUCGCCGUUAUGCCGGCGACCCUGGCCAUUCUCAGCAUUGUCUUCGUUGAGAGCAUCUACUCAGCUGCCGGGGUGACCGAUCAAGCUGCUGCACUAUCUCACAAGCUACUAUCGAUUCUGAUUCUGGUGGUCGUGAGUGUAGCAAACUCGAUUAGUACGAAGACCAGUACACGACUCAAUGGGUUCUUCGUGAGCACGAAGUUUGUCACGAUCGCUGCGGUGGUCUUGGCAGGACUGGGCGUUGUCGUCGCUCAUUUGGUCCGGGUUGAUAGUGUCAAUGGGUCUCCAGAUUGGUUUCAGAAAUCCUGGUUCGGCUAUCGCAACACAGUCACCCCGGAUGGCACCGUGAUUGACUGGCAUGAGGUGGCUGGAUGGGAAAUGCUCGGUUACUACUCAACCGCCUUGUACGGUGCGCUCUGGGCUUAUUCGGGAUGGGACAAGGCCAUUUACAUCAGCGCUGAAAUGUCGGCACCAGCACGCCAGCUACCCUUGGCCAUCAACUCCGCGGUUCCCAUCAUCAUUCUCUGUUUUAUUGCCGCCAAUGCAGCUUAUUAUAUCCUUCUCCCAUGGGAUGUAGUUUCCACGACGGACAGUGUCGCUGUAACUGCCAUCACGCAUCUUCUCGGCCCAGCGGCGGGCAUAAUUGCAGCGUUCCUGAUUUGCCUCGUCGUCGCCGGGUCUCUGCUGGGCAACUCCUUCGUCGCUGGACGCAUGGUUGUGGCCGCCGCCAACAGAAACUGGCUGCCUCAGAUCCUUGGAGUCAUUGGGCAGCUCGGACAACCAUCUUCCGACUCGAACCUGACAGUCGGCUCCGAUGCGCCCAUCAACGCUAUAGUUCUAUCCACCAUUCUGCCCAUCUUCUAUAUCCUGUUUGGCAACUUCCGUGCCCUGCUGACCUUCAAUGGUCUGGGGGAGUACUCGUUCUUCUUCCUGACCGUAGUCGGCGCGAUUCUGCUCCGCUUCCGAGAGCCCACUCUUGAGCGGCCGUACAAGCCCUGGAUCGGCAUUCCGGUGGUCUUUGCGCUGGUCAGCGGAUUUGUGGUGACGCGCGGAGCGGUCUUUGCACCGUUCCAGGCGGUCAUCCUGAUUGUGGUUUGGGCCCUGGGGGCAGGAUUCUAUGUGGUUCGCAGCCGGUGGCUGAAGGGUGGCGAGGGAUCUGCUGCGGUAGCCACGGGGGAUGCAGAGGGGGAAGAUGCGGAGUAGUGCUGCAAGAUCAUCAUGUGCUCUUCUCACGGUUGCUCCGGCCUGUGAGAGCUUGACGGUCGCCAGUGCGCGCGACCUUGUGCAAGAUGGAAUCGGCACUCCUCCCGGUGGCCGCUACCACGGGAUUAAUAUAAAACUUGUAUUGUCGACCUAGAAGCAGGCUAGAGGCUACCAAGUUUGUAGAAAGGACAAUAGUCUAACGACGAAUACAAACCUUCUAGAAUAUUGUUCGCUAUGGCUAUGUGCUCUGGGUUAUCUCGUUCACCAGUCGACUGAUAUACUCGACUAAUGCCAAAACCUU